GCCGAUGCUCGCAAGCCAGCAGCCAAGGCAGCGCCGGCUAAGUCCGCAAAUGCUUCGGCACGCAAGGGCCAGGCACCAAAGGUGCUAAGAUCGUCGGGAAGCGGUGCUACCAACACUGCAGCCUCGAGGCCAGCGACCGGCAUCGCCGCCAAGCGCCAGCUCAUUCGUGCCAAGCGGCAAACUCAGGCGCCGGCCACUCGGAAUGCCCCGGCGUCGCGCGCCGCUCCCAAGGUGCUUCAAGUCAAGGUGGCGGACCUAAAGCGCCGCGGGGGUGCGGCGACUGCUGCGGCCCCAACGACCAGGGCUGCAGCUGCUGCUAAGGUCACGGCUGGGGCUGCUGCCCUAGUGCGCCGCAGCCUGGCCAGGCGGAUUGUCAGCAGGGCCAUGGCGCCUAAGCAGGUGGCUGCUGCGGCGCAGCAGGGCCGCCAGGCCGCAAAGCGAGCGCCAGUAGCGGCUACGGCACGCGCUAGGCCUCAAGCCCAGCCCCAAGCCCAACGGCAGCAAAAGCAGCGGAUUGUCUACACCGGAGCACAGCCCGCCCCGGUCCGGGCUCAGCCCGCCCAGCCCCAGCGGACCGCACAGCCCCAACAGCGGCAGCAGCAGGCCGCGCCGGUGUCGCUUGCGCGCCGCAUGCGCCUCCAGCGGCAACAGCAGCAGCAGCAGACUGCCACUCGGCAGCGUCCACAACAACAACAGCAGCAGCAGGCCGGUCGGCGAGGCCAGCAGCAGCAGCCGCAAACGCAACAGCCAGCGCGUAAGGUGGCGCCACGCGUCUUGCCGGCCUCGCGCCAGCAGCAGCAGCGUGCGAUGUUGGGGCAGGUGCAGCAGGGCGGUGUACGUAAAAACCGGCAGCUGCAGCAGCCGUUGCAGCGGCGGGCGCCGGUUUACGCUGGUAACGGGAAAGGCAACAACGGAGCCGUGGCGCAACGCCGGGGGCAGCAGCCGCAACAGCAGGCGGGUGGAGCGCAGAGGCGGCGGCCACAGCAGCAACAGCCGCAACAGCAGCAGCAGCAGGCGCGUGGUGGCGGUCGCGGGCAGCAGCAGAGGCAGCAGGGCGGCGGCCGGCAGCGCGCACCUAUCGUAGCCCAGCAGCAGCAGCAGCGGGGUAACGGCAACGGCCGGCGGGGUCGCGGCCGGCGGUAGAGGUGCCGCCCGUAUGGCAUGGUAAUUAGGUUUGCGUUGCUUUGUGCUUACGGAAGACUUAUGUUGGUCGUAACGGCGGGGCGGAUGUUGGUUGUUGGUAGCUAUUGUUUAUUGUAGAACACAGAUGUGUCCAUACAUAGUGGACACUUAUCUGGUUUCAUAUAGUUGCUGGUAGCUUGCGGCGGAGUGACGUUUGCAAUUCAUGCUGUAUAAGAAGUGCAAAGGAACACGGGUGAAAUGAUACAUGUCAGCAUCGGGAAAACACAUCUCGAUGCUGUCCUUGCUAGAGGAAGUACUGAGCUUUCUUCGUAGUCUUUGUGAACUUAAGUUUUUGUUGUACCGAAGGCUUUGUUGGUUUCGUAGAGGGAACUUUCGUCAUUUGCCCAGGCCUUGGAAGGAUUUUUAGGAUGGCAAAGGAAGGUCAUUAGGUGUCUGCACAAAGCGCCUACUGCCUCUAUCAAGAGGCAUGCUGUACAUUAAGCUCGAGACACGUGUAUUUCAACAUGUGCACGUCCUUAUGUGCGGGUACAUGCGAGUUGCCUACUGUCUUCAAGCACAUGAAGGAUAGAUGCCUAUGCACCUGUAAGCGCUGUAGCCCGCUAAGUAGCCUGCGUCAAUAAUGUAGAGG